AUGUCGAAUAUAAAGAUGGAAGAACAUAUCAGUGUACCGUAUGACAAACCAAAUCUUGUUACUAAAGUGGACAAAGGCCAGGUUAUCGUUAUUAUGGAUAAGAGCACGUAUCUUAGUCAAAUGACCGAAUUGCUUAGUGAUAGUUUUACAUACAAAAAAGUAAAUAAGAAUCCGAUAAAUAGAAUAACUACAAAGAUUAAGGAUCUCAUUAAAAAUUGGUAUGACAAAGACAUCAUCAGUGAAAUGGGAUACAAACGACUUAAUUGCACUAACGGGAACCUCCCGCGUUGUUACGGACUACCGAAAGUACAUAAGAAUGGCUUCCCACUCCGCAUUAUUGUUUCUGCGGUGGGUAGUCCAUUGUAUGAAAUAGCGAGAUUAUUACACGAUACUCUUGACCAAUCUGUACCUGUACCUCAUUCGCAUGUUAAAGAUAGCUGGUCUUUUGUUGAUAUGAUAGGCGGUGUGGAAAUUGAAGAUGACGAUGUAUUGGUUUCGUUAGAUGUGACCGCACUUUUCACCAACAUUCCUAAAGACUUGGUUACCAUAGAAAAACGAUGGAAUCAUAUCGCCGAGAAAACUAAACUCAGUCUUCCUCAGUUCACACACACGAUAGACCUGAUCCUGAGCUCUACCAGGUUCUGCUUUAACGGAGAAUUUUACGAACAAAUUUUCGGUAGUCCGAUGGGAUCCCCCCUCUCCCCGAUCCUCGCUGACCUCAUUAUGGACGAUCUCGAGACGCACUGUCUGCAGUCGCUGAAUGGCAUUCAUGCCACCGGUGCCCGAGGUCAACACCGGUGGUAG